AUGCACUAUAAUUUCACGCAAUACAUAGCUUCUGAUCGCUUUGAUCUCAUCUAUAUAAGUGCAAGAAAAUGCACUUUAAUGGACACAAGCGAGAGCAAUCAAAGAGGCGAGCACUUAAAAAAAAGAACAGCGUGGUUCUAUCUUGCCCGAUGCGCAGUAGUGCUUAUGUGUUUGGGCAGCCUGGUGCCUUUGGGCAUGCUAUUAACACGCAAAAGCGACAGCACAGAGAAGCCGCCGCAGGCCGCCUAUCCCGAAGAAGACGUAAACGCGCAAGCCCCCGAUAACUCAGUGCCCGAAGUGAGCUAUUUGCGCGACGCCUGGGUCAAGAAGGCGUUUACCCACAUAUUUCGCAAGCUGCAGACGUCUCCCCAGAAGGUUUGGGAUGAAUUUGAGCCUCUCCGGAAAAUCAAGGUGCCGCUGCACACUGACCAGGAAAGGCUGAGCGUUCUGCUUGACCAGCUUAUGUGCUGUGCUAAAAACAAGGAUGCAUGCUUAAAGAACCGCAACGAGGCGGCGCUGCUGGUACGCAGCAUAUUUGCAAAGAUACCGGGGCUUCCUAACCAGCAAAGCGUGCACUACAUGGUGUUCUGUAAGGUCAUGUGGGGGCAUUUUGUUUCAAGAGAGGCGCUGGACACUGAAUUCUGGAGCGACCUGGACAACAUCUCCGAGGAGUGUGAAGACAGGCCGCCAAAGUCCGAGAAGCUGAGCACGCGGUGCAAAGCGGCUCUGUUACUGACCUUAUGUGCGGCGCCUGGCUUUUUAGUCCUGAAGUGGGGUUUUUUAACGCUGUUGCCUCUUCUGCAGGGGUCGGCGCCGGCUCCUUUGCUUCUAGAAUAG